AUCUUUCCUAUGCUAAUUUACCACAUUGACUUUUUGUUUCCAUACAUGGCAAUGGGCAUGACUCUGUGGACAAGAUAUAAGUAGACCAGGUUCCUCCUCUGUUGUCAGAGCAACUUAACUGCGGAUCCUUUAUCUGUUCCAGCAGCAUCAGGUCACAUGAUGUGUGUUUCGUCAUCAUUACGAUGUGUUGGUUUCUCGCUGGUUCCCCUUGCAAUUGUCUGUAUGCUGUCCAACAUCCUGCUGUUGUUUCCUGAGCUGAAGUACAACUUCUUAUUGGAGGGACAUGUGACCAGAGAGGCCACAUGGGCAACGGGUCUGUGGGGCUCCGGGUUUUUGGUGCUGCUUGGAGCGCGAUCUUUCGUACUGAGCAGUAAAACCAAAGGCUGCUGUGCUUUUCGAACUGAGAUGUUGUGUCAGCUGGUAUACUCCUGUGUUUGCCUGUUUGUUGCUGGCUUUUGCUGCCUGGUCAGUGCCACCGGCCUCGUCCAGGGUCCGCUGUGUCUGCACAACUCCGAGUCAGGCCCAGUCUGGGACGUCCCUCUAAAACCUCACGCAGAUCGCGAUGCUGGCUAUCUGUACAACAGGACUCUGUGGUCUGGUGUGUGUCUGGAGCCCAAAGGUGUUGUUCUGUGGAAUGUGGUUCUGUUCAGUGUGCUGGGUGCCGCCAGCGGCAUGCAGACUCUAAUCUGUGGAGCAAACAUCCUCAUCUCAUUCCUGGGAAUCAUCCUGGGAAAGGGCUUUUGCAACAAUAAGAUCAGUCCAGCUUGAGACAAGCCAUCGUGGAUCCACUUUUAAAAUUAUUCACACAACUUGGGGAACUGCCUUUAUUGUCCUUGUAUGUUAUCCUCUGCAUUUAAACCAUCCUACUUACAGUGAGAGACCAUCCACCCACGAGGAGCAGUGGGCGGCCACAGUCUGGCACCCAGGGACCAACUCCAGAUGGAGAGAUACUGCCUUGCUCAGGGGCAGACCCUAACUACUAAGCCAUUAGUUAUUUAUAAUGCUAAUUCUUCAGCUAAUUAUUCAUUUAUUUUAUUAAAAUGGAUUUCUCUGAAGGAACAUAUUUUCUGUUGAUAUUCAAGUGAAACAUAUUUCAAAUAUUUUUAUGUUCAUAGUAUCUGAACAUUAUUGAAACAGAGUUUUAAAUGUUUGAUAUUUUUAUAUUUAUGUCAGAAAACACUACUGUACUUUACAUAAAAACAUAUGUAAAUAUAUGUUAUAUAAUAUAAAAUGUACUGUAAAUGACUUUCAAGAACAUGUUAAAAUAACACAUCAUGUAUACAUGUACUGUGUCAUAAAUUUAAAAAAUAUGUGUUGUUAGAUAUUAUCGUGAGACCGACUCAGAUCUUUUGUUUAAUAAAACACGUUUAAUAGAAUAU